AUGCAGAGCGAGACGCGGCGCGUGCCGCUCCCGCCGCGGUCCGAGUACCGCUUCGAGCUGGAUGCCGGUGAGGCCAUCUCUGUGCGCUUUGUCUCGGAUCCGGUCUCGGGACACUAUGGCGACGCAGAAGUGUUUGGUGCGCCGCUCAUCGGCGGGGCCCAGGAGCGCUGGUAUACCUUUGGCAACGAGGCCAAGGCCGCCAUCUCUUCGUGGGGCGGCGGCGAGGUCGAGAUUGCUGGCUCGGCAUCGACCGAGUACAUGGCCGACGAGCCGUCGCCAGUGUACACGUACGGCGCAAAUCUGCACCUGAACUUGGAACGCGCUCGGAUCCGUGCUCGUGAGCAGCUGCGUACCGACAAGGCGCUCGUCAAGUCGCUCAGCGAGCAGGACGUGCGGGGCGAGGGCGCGCCGCCAUCCUACGAAGAUGGCCAGGGACCGUCGUCCAACGAGCUCUACCACGCCGCCGGCCAGGGCCCUCGUGUGAUGAUUGUGGGACCGGAAAGCGCGGGCAAGACGUCGCUCGUCAAGUUCCUGGCGAACUAUGCGAUGCGGUCGCCUGCUCUCGCGAGCGUCGAAGAGGGUGCCGAGGCAGAGCGGGUCGCGCAAGAGGCGCAGGACGACGAACCACUUUCCGACCAUGAAGAUGCCCCGGAGGAAAAGGCCGACAAGGCCAAGAUCAUGAGCGAGAUCACCGGAUGGUGGCCGAUGAUUAUAGGUCUCGACCCGUCCGAAGGCGCAGUGCCUGUGCCGGGCUGCCUCUGUGCAAUUCCGCUCCGGCCGUCGCCGGUCAACUGCCUCCCAUCGCCGUCGCCUGCGCUGCCGUACGGUGUGACGCCGCAGACGACCGGAGCGCUUCCUCCCACGGUGUCGACUGCCGAGAGCGUCAUGCCCCUUGUGCACUGGCUCGGCAAGCACAAUGUGCGUGAGAACGAGCAGCACACACACCGCGUGAUCGACUGGCUUGCGUACCACGUCGAGAAGCGCCUCGUGAAAGAUACGCGUGCGCGCAUGUCGGGCCUGCUGCUCGACAUGCCCGGCGUGGUGACGGCCGACUCGCGCAACCGGUACUCGUACAUCCAGUACUGCGCGCGUGCAUUCAAAGUCGAUAUGAUUGUCGUGCUCGGCCACGAAAAGCUCAACCUCGAGCUGUCCAAGAUCUUUGGGCAGAGCCCGGUGCAGAUCGUCAAGGUGCCCAAGUCGGGUGGUGCGGUUGAUGUCGAUGAAGUGUACAAGCAAAAGCUACAGGACCUGCAGAUCCGCUCGUACUUUUACGGAAUGCAGCCUGCGAUUCCCAAGGUGGCCGGCGAGGGGGAGCACGCGAGCGAGGCGCUGCCUGGCCAUGCCGAGCCGCUCGGCGGCGUGCCGACGCUUAACCCCUACUCGUCGACGAUCCCCCUGGACCUGCUGAGCAUCUACCGAGUGGGCCAGGACCGUAUUGCGCCGUCGUCCGCGCUGCCGAUCGGCGCGGAGCGCGUCGUGAGCGAGCUGCAAGUGAACAAGCUUGACCCCCUGAACUCGUCGAGCGACCUCUCGUCGCUGCUUCACUCGGUCAUUGCGCUAAUCGAGCUCCCGAGCGAUGCCGAGGAGCUCGGCGAAGGCGAGCUGCCGAGCGAGGCCACGCUCCUCAGCGCGGGCCUCGUUGGCCUGCUGCAUGUGUCGGACAUUGACACGACGCGGAAAAAGAUGACGGUGCUCUCGCCCAAGCCAGGCAAACUUCCGAGCAAGACGGCAUUGAUUGGCGUACGUAUGAUUAAAAGCAACUAUUGA